GAUGGAGACGUUUGCAAAUGUAACAUUAAUAUCCUGAAGAAGAGGAAGCCUCUUCUUCAAAAAUACAUUGAUGACAACGCUAGUCUGGAAAUCCAUGCUGUUUACGCAGUCCAGGCACUUUUCGUUCAGCUGGAUCAUCCUCCAAGUAAGAAUAAUUAAUGGGCUAAAUUCUCGUUACUUCUACACACAGUUCUUAUGAAAGUGACGGGAAGUUAUAGUUAUGUCGAGAAUCAUAAAUGUUGACUAGUAAUUCAAGAGAAAAUCUGGUUGCGAGUUAGAACAACUGGACCUUGAUGUCAAGCAAGGUCAAGCGUACCCCAAAGAUUCCAUCAACUAAGUGUUGUGAAAGUUGAAUGUGUUAGUAGUUGUAGCCGGUUUCAGGCUCCAAGACUAACGGAUUUGUUGUUUUUUUCUGUAGAAUUUAUAAGAGCACUCUUGACCAUCCUCUUCACCGUCUUCAUGGAUGAUGUACUCCUUCCUUGAAAACCGCAUUUGUCAGACAUCUAAAAAUCUGAAAACAGUCACUAAUGCGGCUGAUUUUGUAGCCCAAAUAAACAGGUCUUGUUGAAAGUAGAUUUAUCCAACCGAUAAAGGAGCAGUGUUGGUUUAUUCUACUCUUAAAUGAAGCAAUCAGGGUGCAUCUGACUGAAACCUGUUUGUUCUUUAAAACAAACUAAUUAACAGACAAAGUUAAAGAUAGUUCGUCACAUUGUCUCACAUACACGUUGCACAACCCUGUAAGUCAUCCACUGUUAUGAGCAUCGUCGAGGUGGACCACGAACACUCUAGGCUUGAAGCAGUUUGGCUUGGCUUGUGGUGUAAAGGACUUUCGGUCAUAUAAACGUUAUUUUGUCAAAAUUCAUGUUAAUUUGUCUCUCCUUUUCUGUAUGCAGGUUUUCUCAAAUCCUAUUUUGAUAGUUUAUAUGAUGAAGAGAUUAUCACAGAAGAUUCUUUCAAAGCUUGGGAAAACAGCUCCGACGAAGAACCCGGCAAAGGUGUGACUGUUGCUGCCGCUUCCGAGUUUUUUCGCUGGCUCAAGAGUGCCCCAGAGGAGUCUGGGGAAGAGAGCUAA